UUGUCACACCGUCACCUCAAAAAUUUUGUCACAGAUAGCGGGAUUUGCCGUCAAGAUCGAUUGCAGCUGAUUUCAGCACUUUUUCUUACUUUCCUUCCUUCCUCCUCCUCCACCUCCUCCUACCCUUUCUGCAGCCUGUACAUUCUUGUGAACUAUCAUCAUGUUAUUGUACGAAGACAUUAUCAGUGGGGAUGAAAUGUUCUCCGAUGCUUUUCCCUUGAAACUCAUUGACGAUAUCGUCUUCGAGGUAGACUGUCAGACGAUCACUAUCAAGGCUGGUGCCGAUGUCGAUAUCGGUGCCAAUCCCUCUGCUGAGGAGCAAGACGAUGCUCUUGAGGAGGGAGCGACACAGGUCAACAAUGUCGUCCACUCCUUCCGUCUCCAGUCGACUGUCUUCGACAAGAAGUCUUUCCUGUCGUACUUGAAGGGAUACAUGAAAAGUGUCAAGGCCAAACUCGCUGAGACCAACCCUGACCGUGUUGAGGCCUUCGAGAAGGGUGCCCAGGCAUACGCCAAAAAGAUCGUCGCCAACUUCAAGGACUUUGAAUUUUACACUGGAGAGACGAUGAACGCUGAUGGAAUGGUUGCCCUCCUCAACUAUCGCGAGGACGGUGUCACCCCCUAUUUCACGUUCUGGAAAGAUGGCUUGAAGGAGGUCAAACUCUAAACGUUGACUUGAUAAACGUGCGUAUGUUUGCGUGCUGCAACAUGAGUGAAAUGGAGGUAUACUGGGGAGUAAUAUUGUACGAUGCUGUACGUAUGGAAGUGUUGAAAUGUAUACAAGUACAUAUGAGGCUGCAAUGGCGGUACUUAGUAAAUUCAGGCAUUAUUGUAGCC